GUCGUACAAAUUUUACUGUGGUUUUUUUUUCAGGAGAAGAUGACGAUGACAAAAAGAAGAAGAAGAAAAAGAAGAAGGGUGAAAAAGAAGAGAAAGAUUCAAAGGAUAAAAAGGGGCCCGGUAAGAAAGCACUGGCAGCAAUGAAAGAAGCUCUGCAGAAAUUAAAAGAGGAAGAAGAAAAAGCGAAAAAAGAGGAAGAGGAAAGGUUGAGAAAAUUAGAGGAAGCUGAAAAGCGUAGAGAGGAGCAAUUGAGAUUAGAACAAGAGAGAAAAGAGAAGAAGAAGCAACGAGAGAAGGAGAGGAAAGAAAGACUGAAGGCAGAGGGGAAACUCCUGACGUCAAAACAGAAGGCAGAUAGAGCAAGAGCUCAGGCGACUCUGGAGGCACUGAAGGCUCAGGGACUGGACGUACCUGAUGCGACUGUGGAACGCAAACCCAGACCAGGCACCAGGAUACGGCCUAAGAAGGCCAAACCUGAACCUACAACCCCAGAGCUAGGUAACAUAUCCGAUUAA